AUGGAAGAAAUGAUUUUUGAAAGAAAUUUGGAACUGAUUGAAGAUGAUGAUUUAAAUGGAGAUCUGGCACUAACUGAAGACCGAGAAGAUUUAUUCAUGCGUAUAAGACUGGCAUUUAUGCUUAAUAUGACUGAUGAUGCAAGGCAGAAUUUACGGCUUUUAACUGAGAUUUAUGGUAAGGAAUUUAACGAUGAAGAACGAAAUCUAUUUGCUGCAUUUUACAAGGAGUAUACAUUGUUCAUUGAUCUAUUCGAUGAUUCAACAGAAGUAGAAAUUCUAAGAAGGCGUAUUUUACGUGAAAACAUGAGUAGAGUACGCUACGAAGCUGUGACCAUUUGUGAAGAAGUGAUCCAAAUUAUCAAUGAUUACAUAUUAAGAACGAAACUUCCUCGACUGAAAGUUUAUUUUCUGAAAGUUCUCGGUGAUUACUACCGAUACUGGGCAUUUGUUGCAUCAAAAGAGAAGUUUUUUGAUUUACGUAUGAGAGCCGAAGAUUCUUAUAAAGAUGCUCUUGAAGUAGCAGAUAUGAGUCUCAAAAUGUAUGAUCCUAUACGCUUAAGUAUUAUGCUUAAUAUGUCAAUUAACUACUACAUAGAACCACGAGAACGAGUUAAGGCUUUGCAAAUAGCAAUGCAGGCAAUAUCGGAAGGUAAAGCAUAUGUUGACAGAGAUCCAGAUAUCGGCGUAGUGAUUCAAUUAUUAGAAGAAAAUAUUCAAAAUUGGACGUCACAUCUGGAACCAUUUGAAAUAGACGAAGUAGAACGGUUAGAAGGAGCUCGGAAGUGGCAUGGGAAAGAUGCCGCAGUGCCAUCUCCACGUUUAUAUUUUCGCAUAUGUGGAGAAGUGCCACCUGGUUUCCCUCCUCCUUAUCUCAUUGAAGCUGUUCCUCCAACGCCACAUUAUUAUAGACUAGCCCAUGAUCCUAAUCCAUAUUUUAUACGAACAAUUAUGCCAUCUGAAGAUGCUCAAGCACACUACGCCCGCUAUCACCAUCCAUAUUUAUGGCAAGACUUUCAAUACCUAUAUGAACCAUUAUAUAAACCUGAAAAAUCAGAAGCUAAUACAGAAGAAACGACAUCGAUUACAAAAAUGAAACCAGAAAUGACCAAACAGCAAACUACUUUAGUGGAAAGAAAGGAUGAACCAAAAAUUAGUCAGCAAUCAGAUAGAACAGAGCAUAAACCAGAAAGUUACAAGAAGGAAGCUGUCCCGAAAAAGUUACGUGAUAAACGAGAAGUCGAAAGUGUGGGACCGUCUAAGGAAACGGAAAUUAUACAAGUUUCUUCAUCAUCAAGACCAGAACCAGUAAGUUUGGGUCCUAUAGGAACCUUACAUUCUCAAAGGGACAAUCUAAUUGAACUGAAGGAGAAGGAAGAGAAGGAGGAGAAAGAGAAGAAAGAAGAAGAAUAUAUUCCAUCCUUAGUACCACUUUUAGGAAUAAGCCGAAGACUGUUACAAAAUAACGAUCCUUUUGAAGGUGUUUUACAACCUUUAAUGUCAACACCUUCUACCUUAUCUGUGUCAGCAGAAGAAGAAGAAGUAGUAACAGAUGAAAAUAAUGAAAAUGAAUAUGGAUCAGUGAUGCAUGUUAGUUCUCCAAUAAAUGUACCAGGUUUCAAUCCAUCUAGAGUACUUCCUUUAACAGAUGAAUACGAUCUAUCAGAUACUGAAGGUUUAACAGGAACGACUGAUAGUUUUGGAGCAAGAAUACUUGCAAUGCAGAAACGUUUAGAUGAAGCAAAAGGAGAAGUACCAUUUAUUGUAGGAUCACCACCACAUGAAAAAAGAGUAUAUCCAGUUUCAAAAGACAGUACAGUUGAAAAUGAACAAGCAAAAUCAACACAUGAGCACAAACAAUCGCGAGUUAUGCCUAUUUCUUCUUCUGUCCAAGAACCUUUGACCACAACAGAAGCUCCAGCAGUUGAAUGCAGUAUAAGUAGAAGCGAAACUGAUGUUAUUCCACGAAUACAGCCAAUCAAAAAAAUCAAAUCGCAAGGUCAGUGUGUUGCAACUGUUCCUACUUCUCCACCACAGGUAAAUGAAGAACGUGAUGCUCAUACUGAUCAAAAAACAAGCAUGCUAAAGGAUGAUUUUUCGACCCAAGAAAGUUCUAGUUCAAGAUGGAAAAGUGCAUUAGCUCCCAAAAUAUCUGAAGACUACAACUCUGAAGAAAUACCGGGAUUGUUUGAUGAUGAUGACGAUGAUGAUAUUGCUUUGGCAUCUGAAAAGACUUCUGAUAGGCUGACUUCAAAAAUGCCUCAAGAUAAUAGUUCUAAUAUGUUAGAAAAAAUUAACGGCAACAAUGCUUUGAAAUCGAGAAUAAAAGCAGAGGGUAGAAUGACGCCAAAAAUGCCUCAAUAUUGCUCUGAAAUGAAGCAGGAAAAGCGUAAUUCAAGCUUUGGAAAGAAUAUUUCACGCAUUGCAAGUUCUGAAACAACACUGCUUUGGGAGAUUAGUCUUGGAAAAACAUCAAGGUUAUUAGAAACCGUAGCUCCUGACACAGCCAUGAGAACUACAAGGGACUUUGCUUCUGAAUCAUCUUCAGAAUCGUCACGAAAUACUACUCCUCAGUUAGUUCCAAGACUGUGGCGUAAUGUUAGUCCUCCAACAGCUGAAAGAAAACCGCGGAGUGUUAGUCCUGAAAUGGCUGUAAGAAGAGUGGUUUGGGAUGUUGACCUUGCAAUGAUUGCCAGGUUGACACGUAGUGUCAGUCCUAGUAUUGUUUCAAGAAGAACCACAGAAGGUAGUUCAACAGAAACCACAGAAAGUAGUUCAACAAAAACCACAAAAAGUAGUUCAACAAAAACCACAAAAAGUAGUUCAACAAAAACCACAGAAAGUAGUUCAACAAAAACCACAGAAAGUAGUUCAAGAACGUCUUCUGACAUGAUUUAUGACAUGUGCCAAAGGUUUCCUAGAAAGACCAUUCCGAAUAUUUUAAGAAGAAGGAGAAGAGGAGGAUUGGCUCCAAAAAUGCCUCCGGACGGUAGUCUUGAAGGGAAUCAAGAAAUACCUCAAGAAAUACCUCAAGAAACACCUCAAGAAACACCUCAAGAAAUUAACUGUGACAAUUUUGAGUCAACAGAACAGUCAGAAAACAAAUUGUUAUUUACAAGAAUACCUCGUGAUGAGAAUCCUCAAACAACUAUAAUUCAGGAAACAAUUCCUAGCACCACCGUAUUGCAAUCCGAAAAAACGACGGAAAGUGGGUUGUCUUCAGAAAUGGUGCAGGAAGAUUAUGCCGAAAUUUGUCGAGCAAUGCAUCGGAAUAGCUCCGAUAGUUCUAGAUCAGAAGACCAAACAGAAGAUGAUUUCAACUCAAGAAUACAUGAAGACAUUAGUCCUCGAAGUGAUCAGUCUUUGGACGUUAGCCCAACCAAUUUUAGGUCAAGGAAACGAACAAGAGGUGGAUUGCUUUCAAGAAUGCCUCGGAGGGAUAGUCCUAGCAGCCCCAGAUCGAGAAAGCGAGUUAAGGAAGGAUUGACUACAGGCACGUCUCGGGAUGACUUUGAAAUGGCUCCAGAAAUGCACUGCAAAAUUAGUACUGGUAUGUCAAAAAAAACGAAAAAAAGUGAAUUGCUACCAAGUACGUUUCAAAGUAGUGACGCUAAGAUUGCUUCAGGAUCACGUGGAAUUAUUAGCUGUCCAAACAUUUUCAGGCCAAAAAGUGGAGAGAAUUUGGAUUCGGAAAGUUUUCAGGGUGGUAGCUCUUUAGGAAUAUCUCGAAACAUCAGUCCUGAAUCUAUUUUAAAAUGGAGAAGAGUGAAACGACCUGAAUUAAAUCAAAAAAAGUUCCAGGAUGAUCAUUUAGGAGAAGUGAGAAGUGUUACGUCUGAUGAGACUUUGGGAAAAAAAUACCUCCAAAGUUAUCGACGUCAAGAACUUUCAUCUUCACCUCAGAAAAGGCUGCCAAAACGUCACAGGAAAAAAUUGGUGGAACGAAAGCUACUUCGACGAUCUUUCUCAGCUCCUCGCCAUGGAGCUCCAUGGCCUGAUGUACUGAUAUCUUUGUGCCAAGAAAGUCCAUUUUUCGUGCGCAAAAUUUUGCGUGAUGCAUCAAGACUUCCACAAGAGUUUGGCAGGAGAUUUCUUUCAGCACAUUCUAGCGCCGAAGAAUUAUAUGAUGAAGCUGCGGAUAGAGAGUUCUUCGAUCCAUGGACACCAAGAGGUUUAAGGUCAAUGCGAGAUACGUUUCCGAUCACACCGUGGAACCCGGGAAGAGAAGUCAUUGUCCCCUGGAUUUCAUUUCGAUGGCCUCGCAGGAGAUUUGAGGAUGAUCGAAAUCUUAUGCUUCAUCCAGAACAACGCCAACAAGUUUCUGAAGAUAAUGAUGAACAAAUACAACACUACAUACAACAGCUACCUGUUACUAACAGAGAAUCUGAGACUAGUUCUUCAGUCUCUUCCGAUAUUCUUUCAUUGUUUGAUUUAAUGUAUUCUGAUUCUGAAUAA